UGCACUACGCGCAGGCGACGUUCAUUGGCAUGUGGCUAUAAAAAGCAUCAGCCAGCGCACCCUCAUUUUUCAGCUUGCUUGCUUUCCCGAGUUGCUGCAGUUGAAUCGGAUCUACUCGAGUUCUCGCGAUACAUCUUUUUUUACCCCCACAAAAAGCUACCGUUUUAGUCAUUGUCAAGGCUCAAUUCCCGACAAAUCCGAUGUCCCAAAUUGACGCUAAUAUUAGUGCGCCGUUUGAUCCAUUCGCAGAUGCCGUGACAGGAGAUGAACGCGGAGCCGAAGGCUUAAUCCACAUUCGUAUUCAACAGCGUAACGGCCGCAAGACCCUUACGACUGUUCAGGGUAUUUCUCCUGAAUACGACAAGAAGAAGAUUGUCCGCGCCUGUAAGAAAACUUUCGCCUGCAAUGGGACCGUGGUUGAUCAUCCCGAAUACGGGGAAGUGAUCCAGUUCCAGGGAGACCAGCGGAACAAUAUCUGUGAAUUCCUGACGACCAACGCCAUCGCCAAGCCCAGCCAGCUGAAGGUUCACGGAUUCUAGAAAGAGCAGGACGCGACAUCCACUGACAGGAAAUCGUACGAAAAUGCGGACAAUAUUAUCCUGACAUCUCCUUGCGUAGCCUUUUGUUUUUCCGUUGUUUUUUGGCGUGGGCUAAGGUCGAAUGACAUCAGUUUGUGCAUUCCUCGUUCAUUUCUCAUAUUCGCCACUUUGCUGUACAUGUCAUGCGUCGUCUUUGUUGUCUGUUCCACUUCCGUUUCCGUGUAGCUGACGCUGUCGCAGUGCGUCCUUCAUCGCCCGUCGUCGAAUUGUAGCAUCCUUGUACAAUCUGUACUCAUUUUUUAAACGGUAGCCGUGCCUAGGUUUUCUGUAGUAUUUUCUCUUUCGACACGUUGGAAUUUUUUGGUGUGUCAUUGACAAAUGCUCUGUGCUUUGCUUUCGUCUGCCGACCUUGAACUCACAGUAAAAUCGUAAAAAUA